UCCGAGGUGUGCAUUUCAUCGUAGACCCUUGAUUCUACCCCCGGCGCUAAAAAGCUUGUCUGCAAUAAGCACCCACUCGAUUAUCAUUGCUGCAAUUGAUGUUAGAUACCGACUGGUACUUCUUCUGUCGUACACGCCCUCUUGUUUCAGUCUGUCCCUCUUCAACACCGCUUCGUGCUCGUUUCUCGCCCAGUCAUAUCAUGCUCACCUUGACUCACACCGCUGCUCUGUGCAAUCUCGCCAGUGCUACAAAACCAAGCAUCUGACACUGGCGAUCCAUUCCCCGCAAACAAAGACGCCAAGGAAAUUGACGCGUACGUCAUAUUCACAGGCACUUGAGCUUUUGCCUUUCCGUUGAUACGAUGGAGCUAUAAAAUGCUUGAAGCUGGCCAAGCCGGAUGCAACCGAAGGGGGCGCAGUCAUUUCACUACACAGCCCCAAACAGGUCGUCAUUUUUGUCAAACCCCCACCCAAAAUUCCUGCAUGCCAUUCGAACUGAGGCUCGCUUGGGGUAUCACGAUGGCCGUUGAGAGAAGAGACAACUUUCACCACUGGACCAGUUCAGCAGAUCAAAGGAGCAGUGCAGUGUGGCAAUAAGCAUAACCGCGAUUAAGUUAGUUAAAAAGAGCUUUGUGGAAAUGAGUGUGUCUAAAGGUCAACUGCUCUCUACUUGUAGCAUAGCAUCAUCGACUUAAGGGCUUCGAUCCACAUAGCAGACUAAGAUGACAGCUCCACCCCGCUCUGUGAAUAAAACAUGUGGUGAGACGCUAGUUCUUGGGGGCUACAUCUUUUUCGUUGUCACCUGUACUCGAUCUAUAUUUUCGUGAGAGUACGAUGAGCCAAGAUCUGGAUGGCCUAUCCUCAAAUUUCAGGAACACCAUCGAGCCAGACGAGCCAGACGAGAGCACUUUGUUGAAUGAUGCGACUGCAAGUUUCGGGACGGAAACAGAUAUUGAGCACGAGGGGGAAUGGCCUCAACCCUCAAUCUUUGUCACCCUGCACCGGAUAAGAAAAUUUGUACUCGCAAGCAUAGAUGACCCUUACUCUCUGGAGCAGCUGAAGAGUCCAAGAGUCAACCACCUCAUUGUCCGUCCGUUGGUAGAUCGUCUAUAUGACGAGAAUGACUACUCCAUUGUCUAUUGUCUCCUCGCAAACCGAGUACAGUUCCUUCGCGAGCAAUCGAGCGUCAUUGACCAAAGCACCAGCAUAGCCCGCGCAACAUUAUGCGAACUAUUAGCUAUCAAGAUCCUGCGCAACUUUCACGAUGACAACCCAGGUUUAGACGGUCUACUCCUACUCUCCAAGAUCCUGGUCCAAGGUUUUGACCCCUUUCAUGGUGCUCCGCCUGAAGUUGAACAAUACGGGCGCUAUCCACAAUGGCCUAUUCAGAAGCGCGGCGGCCAUGAGAGGAAGCUGACUGCACUCGAACUCGCGAUCAUAUCCGAGAGCAAGAACUUUGUCAGUUCUUCAGGGUGCAGACGUGUUAUAGAUGCAGUGUACCGUGGCCAGAUUGUCUACACGCCUUUGUCAUUCGUCGAUAUCUUGCCGAACCAUUAUGAGUACCUCCCGGUGUCUUUGUACGAACCGCGCAAGGCGCCGCUGCUUGACCACCAUCGCCUCGUGGUUCCGCGUACCCGAUAUAUCAUCGAACUGGUGCACUACAUCAUUCUCACUUUGCUAUAUGUUUAUACGAUGCAGUAUCGAGAUCCUGACAACUUGACUGGAAAUGAAGUAGUCUUCAUUCUGUACUCUGCCGGCUGGGUUCUUCACGAACUCGCUGCCAUCAUUGAACACGGGUGGAUGAUUCAUUCGCAAACUUUAUGGUCAUUCUUGGACCUUUCGUACACUGUCAUCUUCAUGGCUUACAUCACAGUUCGGGCCUAUGAGCUAGCUGUAAGCAGCGUGCAGAAUGGCUUGGCACAUAAUAUACUGUGUCUCGCAGCCCCAGUUCUUCUGACCAGACUGGCCUUCAACAUUCUACCAGACCAUAUUGUCUUCAUUUCGCUCCACGCCAUGAUGAAGGAGUUUCUGAUCCUCACAUUUCUCGCCAUAUGGUGUUUCACAGGGUUCCUGUUAGCGCUGCAGUGGCUUUCUCCGGGAGAUGGCUCGAUUCCAAACGACUUCACCAUAAUCAAAUGGCUGCUGUGGAUCUGGUUCGGACUGGAUGGAACAGGAAUUGAGGAAUCUGUUCAAUUUCACGCCAUUUUAGGACCGGCACUGACCAUUGCCUUUGCCUUUCUCGGCAAUACUCUGUUUCUCACGAUUCUUGUUUCCCUCCUCACCAACCGGUUCAGUACCAUCGUUACAUCUGAGGAUGUCGAGAUCCAGUUUCGAAAGACAGUGCUGACGUUUGAGGGCGUAAAAAGCGAUGCCAUCUUCGCAUACCCGCCACCAUUCAACCUCUUUGCACUACUGAUACUUCUUCCUAUCAAACCAUUCCUGUCACCUCUCGAGUUCUACUCGAUUCACGUAUUUCUCGCACGACUUGUCAAUGCACCUCUUUUGUUUUGCGUCGGCUUCUACGAACGUCGACGCCUAUGGACUUUUGGACCUGACGCGGCCAAAGUUUCAAGAAUGUGGAAGUUCACCGGUUUCUCACCACAUGGUGAUAUACAGGCUGUGUUUGAAGUCGAUGCUCCGGCCGAGGUUCUCCGAGAAGCUGAUGAGCUGGAUGGACUGAGCGAGAUGGGCUUUUCCGAUGGCGAUGCGGUAUCAAGACUUUCCCGAGAAAGAGAAAUCAGAGCACCAGUUGUAUUUAGCCUGAGUAAUGCAGGGACAUGGUCCCCAGGACAAGCCCCCGUUGCUUGAUCCAACUAAAUAGAUGCCGUAUUGUUUGUAUCUUCCCAAACCACCCUCCCCUCAAACCACGUCUUCAGCACUUUCGCUCCACUAAACUCACCACGACUCAAGUCCCGAUCAACCGC